CAGGGCCUCUUCGUCAACGCUUCCUCUCCAAAACAUAUUUUAGGAUUAUUCAUUUUUUAGCUCUGGCGUGUGCCUUUAUCUGAUACUUCCAGAUGGUUUUGCUGAGGUGCAUGUUUACGGAUUCCUGGAGAUUAUAUGGCCCUGCUCAUCUCCAGUGUGUUGUGGCUAACACUCGCUGGGCUCCAUGACGCCUCACAGGAGGUCAGACAGAGGACAGCAACCCCACUUCCCAUUUCCCUUUGGAAAAACCUCAACCCCCAUCGCCGCAGUGCACCAUCUUAAGAUUCCCAGAAUGCACCUCUCCAGCCAGCUGACCCCCAGGUCAGCAGCUGUCAAUCACAUCCUCAGCUGGCUCUGCAGCUUCUGGACACAGACUGGAGGAUGUGAGGGAGGCCUCUGAGAGGAGGCCUGGCUCUGCAUAUGGGAUCAUCUCUGUGCAUUCAUGGCGGCUAAUUCAAUUAGCUAUCCUUCUCCUAUUCUAAUGCAAACCUCAGGUUGAAUCGCCACCCUGUACGUGAGUGGAAAGGCCCCAGGCAGUGAUAACCAGACAAAGACAGACAGCUUGCAUGAAGCACAACGUUUUACUUCAUUCUAUCUGGCUGUCUAUAUUGGUGUUUCUAUGGCAGGUCGGUCUUAAUAACUUCUCCAUCUUCAUGCUGUUGGAGGAUCACACAGAUUGUCCCUGGAAAAGCCUUUUUUCACUCUGAUCUGUUACUGUGGACACUUCAGGGCUCAAAAUGGAAUCAAAUGGGGCUUAUGAGGCCUCUUGGCCCAAAUGGACCUCUUGUUUACACACUUGUCCAUCAGCUGAGGAGCAUGCGGCCUCAGGUAUCCACAGAGAUGGUGAGAUGUCCCCAAAACUAUCGGUACUGUGUCUGGACCUGACCAGCAGGAGGACGCCUGAACAUUCCCCCAGACUGGAGCACGGUGGCUCCUUUCUCCCUUGCGAUGAGCUGCAGAAACCCUCGCAACUUCCGCCUCUUCCUCACCGCCUCAGCCUGCGCGGGGAUCUGUACGCCGCUGCUAUGGGGAGGUUUGGGGACGCUGCAGCGGACUUUACGCACGGCGCGGCCUCGACCAACCCGCCCGGCUCACCGUCCAAACACAGCAAGUUCUUGGAGAGUAUAAACCAGGACCCAAAGGGCACAGCGAUAAUCGGGAAGACGGCUUUUUAUGAGGGCAACUCAGAAGCCAGAGAGAAAGGAGCUCCAAAGACGAUGGGCUACCCUGGCCUUGGCCUAGAAUGUUGUGGGAAGCUGAAAGAGCCCGGCGAGGGUCUGCAUGGGGUAUCUAUCGCCGACUCCAUCGACUUAUCGGGCAAGAACAAGAAGCGGCGCAACCGCACUACCUUCAGCACCUUCCAGCUGGAGGAGCUGGAGAAAGUGUUUCAGAAGACGCAUUACCCUGACGUGUACGCCCGCGAGCAGCUGGCCCUGAGGACCGAGCUCACUGAGGCUCGGGUUCAGGUUUGGUUCCAGAAUCGUAGAGCCAAGUGGAGGAAACGGGAACGCUAUGGGAAGAUCCAGGAUGUCCGCAACCACUUUGCUGCUACAUAUGAUAUCUCUCUUCUCCCUCGCCAUGAUACAUACCAGAUGCAGGGCAACCUGUGGCCCGGGGCGGCAUCCGCGGGGGUCGGUGCUCCAGGUGCUGGCUGUGUCUUAGGAGCAGACUCCCUCCCCUCGUCCUGUAUGAGUCCAUACCCUCACCCCCACCCCCACAGCAACCUGCAGGGCUUCAUGGGUAUGCCCCCAUCCCAGAGCCAUCCCCACCACCACCACCACCACCACCCGUCUCACCAUCCGGGCAUCAACGGCCUGUAUUCCCUCCACAGCUUCCCAGGAGGCCUCGGGCCCCAUUCCAUGGAGGGGCCGGAGAGCGACUACAAGCCGACGGGCCUUGUGGCGCUGCGAAUGAAAGCCAAAGAGCCAGGCAGCAUCCUCUCCUGGCCUACAUGACCACAACAGAGCCAGCUCCAUAUUAUGCACUGACUGAGCAAACGCAUAUUACAUCCUUGACCCAUACACAUCCCUCAAUGUACAUACUCCCCUCAGCAUAUGUCUCAAAUAAUUCCUCUAAACAGUUAUGUAAGCCAUUGGAGGCUUUCCAUCAUUAUGAAGGUCUUAAGAAAUAUGAAUUUCAUAAACAUUGGGGGCCACUUGAGCCUCUAGCACGAAACCCUAUUGUAUAGAAACUGUAUUGUUCCAAGGUUUAGGUUAAUAUCCCAAUGCUGAAACCAAAGAGGAAAUAUUAUUUAAGCAUGUAAAAAUUGUAAUUAUCGUAUUAAUCAUUGUUUUUUCGUUUGACUGUUGUGCUUUAUAGUGUGACCCUUAAUAAAGGCCUCCAUCUAAAUCUU